UGAAGUGCGAGCGGCAUCCGUGUACCUCCUGUCUUAGCAACAAUUGAUUAUGAUAUUUUAUAAGUAACUCACUUUUGACUUUAUUAUUGCUAUUAAAUUCAUGCAAUGAUUUAUGUCAAAUUAUCUGUUUUAACAUUUCAAAUAUUCUAAAUAAAAUAUCCGGAUAGAUGUAAAUACAUAUAUAGAUAAGUAGUUUGUGCCAUUUUUGACCGAAUGGGUUUUAAAGUUAGUGUUUUUAAAUCGUUGUUGAAAUUAAUGUAUUUUAAAGUUUAAUAUAAUUAAUAGAUAGACAAGGGUCAUGUCGUUAUGAUAUACAUAAUGAUUAGGUCCUUCUGCAAUACAACUAUUGGGUCCAACUAUUACUGGAGUAACACUCAGAAUGUUUGAAGAAAAAGCUUUUGGAGAAUCCAGCUUGAUGUAAUGGGCAAUGAGAGUAAAUGGUGGACAUGGGGAAUGGAGGGAUAUGACAGGGAGUUAAAUCUAAGUAUUUAUACUUAUUCCACCUAUGAAGUUUGGAAUAGUACUAGUCAAAGUAUUUUUACUAUUGAAAACUUCACCCGUUUAUUUUCGGAUGAUUUUUUGACCUCUACUACUAUUCAAACUUCAACAACCCUGACCCACAACUUUAUCAUCACAGUGGUUGUGGCAACCAUACUUUUUAUUAUUAUCCUUAUCACCAUCAUCGGAAAUUUUUUUGUAAUGUCUGCCAUUCUGCUGGAACGACAUCUUCGACAAAACGUAGCAAAUUAUCUGAUUUUCUCUUUAGCAGUGGCAGAUCUGUUCGUAGCCUGUUUCGUCAUGCCUCUGGGAGCCUUGUACGAGGUAUCACAUAAAUGGAAACUUGGUGCUGUGCUUUGCGAUUUGUGGACAAGUAUUGAUGUUUUAUCUUGCACGGCAUCGAUUCUCCAUCUCGUUGCAAUAGGUGUAGAUAGGUGGUUGGCUGUUACAAGUAUCGACUACAUGCAUCAGAGAACAGGCAAACGAAUAGGCAUGAUGAUCUUUAUUGUUUGGUUAGUUUCAAUCUUCAUUUGCAUUGCUCCACUUUUUGGUUGGGAAGAUGCAGAUCGGGAGACAAGAAUUGUGAACAACCACACUUGUUUGAUUAAUCAGAAUGCAGAUUACCAAGUAUUUGCCACCAUAUCAUCAUUUUAUUUACCCUCAUUCGUUAUUCUUAUUCUCUAUUGGAAAAUAUAUCAAGUUGCACGCAAACGUAUCCGAAGAAGACCUGGUAAAACAUUACAUCAAGGUCACUUGAAAUCAAAUGACGAUUCUUCUAAAACAAUAGAGACAGGUCAUGCUGUUGGCGAUGCUCUAGCUCAAGCACAGGUUUCUGGAGGAAUAGCUGCAGCUGUUGUAGCUGUUAUUGGAAGACCACUUCCAACUGUAUCUG